GAAGUGUCUCUGCGGCAGCUUGUUUUAUUCUCUCUGUUCGUCUUUAACGUGUUUUUUAUUUUUUAUUUUAUUUAACGAGUGUCUUAGUUUGUUAGUUAGUUUGUUUACUUGUUUGUUUGACGUGCUGCCGCUUCAACGUGUUUCCACGGAAACAGCACAGUAAACUGAACACCGAGCGAACUGACCGAAACUCCGCCAGGACACCUGCUCAGACAGCCGGGACACCGGGACACCGGGACACGGGGACACGGGGACACCGGGACAAGGGGACACGGGGACACCGGGACAAGGGGACAUGUGGUGUCUCACCUGAGGACAAGACCCGGAUCUGCCGUUAGUCUGUCGGUAGUUCAGGAGCGGAGACAUGUCCGUGAACGAGCUGUACACAAAGCUGACGCGGGUUUGGAUCCCCGACGCUGACGAUGUAUGGAAAGCUGCAGAAAUCACCAAAGAUUAUAAAGAAGGAGAGACGCUGCUGCAGCUGCAGCUGGAGGAUGAGACGCCUUUGGAGUACUCGGUGGGUCCGGGCAAGAACCCUCUCCCGUUCUUGCGGAACCCGGACAUCCUGGUGGGGGAGAACGACCUUACGGCGCUCAGCUACCUGCAUGAACCUGCCGUCCUGCACAACCUGCGGGUCCGCUUCCUGGAGUCCAACCACAUCUACACGUACUGCGGCAUCGUGCUGGUGGCCAUCAACCCUUAUGAGCAGCUGCACAUUUAUGGCGAGGAGGUGAUCCGGGCGUACAGCGGGCAGAACAUGGGCGACAUGGACCCGCACAUCUUCGCGGUGGCUGAGGAGGCCUUCAAACAGAUGGCCAGAGACGAGAGGAAUCAGUCGAUCAUCGUCAGCGGAGAAUCCGGAGCAGGGAAGACGGUUUCUGCAAAGUACGCCAUGCGAUACUUCGCCACAGUGGGCGGCUCGGCCAACGACACCAACGUGGAGGAGAAGGUUCUGGCCUCCAGCCCCAUCAUGGAGGCUAUUGGAAACGCUAAAACCACUCGGAACGACAACAGCAGUCGCUUCGGGAAGUACAUCCAGAUCGGCUUCAGCCGGAAUUACAACAUCAUCGGAGCGAACAUGAGGACAUACCUGCUGGAGAAGUCCCGGGUCGUCUUUCAGGCUGAAGAUGAGAGGAACUACCACAUUUUCUACCAGCUGUGUGCCUCCGCUACGCUACCAGAGUUCAAAGACCUCAGCCUCACAAGCGCAGAAGACUUCACCUUCACGUCUUUGGGGGAGAACAUCUUCAUCGAGGGAGUGAACGAUGCUGAAGACUUUAAGAAGACCAGGGAGGCCUUCACGCUGCUCGGGAUAAAGGAAAGCAGUCAGAGCAGCAUUUUCAAAGUGGUCGCCUCCAUCCUUCAUCUGGGAAACAUCGAGAUCUGCUUGGAGCGAGACGGCGAGUCCUGUCACGUGUCGAGGGACGACACGCACCUGAAGCACUUCUGCAGGCUGCUGGGGGUGGAGCUACAGCAGAUGGAGCACUGGCUCUGUCACAGGAAGCUGGUCACGGCGUCCGAGACGUACGUCAAGAACAUGUCCGCCAAACAGGCAGCCAACGCCCGCGACGCCCUCGCCAAACACAUCUACGCCCGCAUGUUCGACUGGAUCGUAGAUAACAUCAACUUGGCCCUGCAGACCUCCGCCAAACAGCACUCAUUCAUUGGAGUCCUCGACAUCUACGGCUUCGAGACGUUCGAGAUCAACAGCUUCGAGCAGUUCUGCAUCAACUACGCCAACGAGAAACUUCAGCAGCAGUUUAACUCUCAUGUGUUUAAGUUGGAGCAGGAGGAGUACAUGAAGGAGCAGAUCCCCUGGACUCUCAUAGACUUCUACGACAACCAGCCGUGCAUCGACCUGAUCGAGGCUCGACUCGGCGUCCUCGACCUGUUGGACGAGGAGUGUAAAGUGCCAAAGGGGACGGAUCAGAACUGGGCCCAGAAGCUCUACAAGCAGCACUCGAGCAGUGCCCACUUCCAGAAACCUCGUAUGUCCAACACGUCCUUUAUCAUCAUCCACUUCGCUGACAAGGUGGAGUAUCAGUGUGAAGGAUUUCUGGAGAAAAACAGAGACACCGUGUACGAAGAGCAGAUCAACAUCCUGAAGGCCAGUCAGUUCCAGCUGGUCGCAGAUCUGUUUCAUGAGAAGGACGACGUCCCCGCUGGACCCAAGUCCUCCAGAGUAAACGUCCGCGCAGCAAAGUCCGUCCCCAAGACCCCCAACAAGGAGCACAGGAAGACCGUGGGACACCAGUUCCGCAGGUCCCUGCAGCUCCUCAUGGAGACUCUGAACGCGACGACUCCUCACUACGUCCGCUGCAUCAAACCCAACGAUGAGAAGGAGUCGUUCUCGUUCGACUCGAAGCGAGCGGUGCAGCAGCUCCGAGCCUGCGGCGUCCUGGAGACGAUCCGGAUCAGCGCCGCCGGGUACCCGUCCAGGUGGACGUACCCGGACUUCUUCAGCAGGUAUCGGGUUCUGCUGAACAAGUCGGACAUGACGUUAGCCGACAAGAAGCUUGUCUGUAAGAAGCUGCUGGAGACUCUGAUCAAGGAGCCGGACAUGUUCCAGUUCGGUAAGACGAAGAUCUUCUUCCGGGCGGGGCAGGUGGCGUACCUGGAGAAGCUGCGGGCCGACAGGUUCCGCUCGGCCUGCAUCAAGAUCCAGAAGACGGUUCGCGGCUGGCUGCAGAGAGUCCGCUACGCCAAGAUCCGCCGCGCUGCUGUUCUGCUGCAGAGAUACGGCCGCGGAUUCCUGGCCCGCAGGUACGCUGACUUCCUGCGUCAGACCCGAGCCGCCCUCAUCUGUCAGAAGCAGUUCCGCAUGGUGAGAGAGCGGCGGGAGUUCCUGAGGGUGCGGCGGGCUGUGGUCACCAUCCAGGCCUUCACCAGAGGGAUGUUCACCCGCAGGAUCUACUGGGAGUUCAUGCUGCAUCACAAGGCCAUGAUCAUCCAGAGGAGCGUGCGCGGCUGGCUGCAGAGGAGGAAGUUCAGGCGGGCGCGCAACGCCGCCAUCAUCAUCCAGUGCGGCUUCAGGCGCGUUCGAGCCAAACGGCAGCUGCAGCAGCUGAAGAUCGACGCUCGCUCCGCACAACACCUGAAGAAGCUCAACACGGGCAUGGAGAACAAGAUCGUCCAGCUGCAGAGGAAGAUGGACGACCAGUCCAAAGAGUACAAGACUCAGGCGGAGCAGCUGGUGCAGGUGAACACCGGUCUGUCCUCGGAGGUCAGCAAGCUGCAGAAGCAGCUGGAGAAGGUCCAGCAGCAGGACGGGGGACAGCUGUCCUCACUGCAGGACGAGCUGGACAAGCUGAGGGACGAGCUGCAGGAGGCGUCCGUCCACAGGAAGAGACUCGAGGAGGAGCACUGCACAGAGAAGACGGCACUCCAACAGAGGGUGGAGGAGCUGGAGACAGAAAACUGUCUCCUGAAGAGUCAGAAGGAAGAACUGAACCAGAAUAUCCUCCAGCUGUCAAAGAGCUCAGAGGUGGACGGAAACAGUGUGUCCCUGCAGAAGGAGCUGGACGGCGAGAGACAGCGCUACCAGAACCUCCUGAAGGAGUUCUCCAGACUGGAGCAGAGAUACGACAACCUGAAGGAGGAGGUGUCUCUGAGCAAGUUCCAGCCCGGCCACAGGAGGAACCCGUCCAAUCAGAGCAGCCUGGAGUCCGACUCCAACUACCCGUCCGUCUCCACCUCCGAGGUGGGUGACACCGAGGACGCCAUCCAGCUGGUGGAGGACAUGGGAGCGGAGAAGGCAGCGAUGGACAUCAGUCUGUUCAUGAAGCUGCAGAAGAGAGUCCGAGAGCUGGAGCAGGAGAGGAAGAGGCUGCAGGUCAGCCUGGACAAGAUGGAGGAGCUCACCAAGCGCAGGGGAUCGGAGUCAAAGAGUUCCUCCUCUGAGCAGGAGAAGGCUGACCUGGCCUACAGCAACCUGAAGAGACAAGAGCUGGAGACAGAGAACAAGAAGCUGAAGAACGACCUGAACGAGCUGAGAAAGGCGGUCGCCGAGCGCGCCUCUGUCAACAACUCGUCCAACGAGCUGCAGGAGAGCUACAACGUGCUGCUGAGCCAGCUGAGGGCCGCCAGCGAGGAGCUGGACGCUCGCAAGGAGGAGGUGCUGAUCCUGAGGACGCAGAUUGUCAGCGCCGCCGCGCUGCAGGACAAGGACAAGGACGGGGACAAGGACGGGGACAACGAGAGUCACAAAGAUCCUGAACUGAACAACAGAGAGACACUGGACAAAGACGAGACGGGGAAGACGUCCCACGGAGUGUCUGAGUCCACCAACACCCAGCAGGACUGGUGCUAUCUGAAUGAAGACGGGGAGCUGGGUUUGGCUUACCAGGGCCUCAAACAAGUGGCCAGGCUCCUGGAGGCUCAGCUGCAGACUCAGUCCCGGCAGCACAAAGACGAACUGGAAGCUCUUCACACUCAGAUUGAGCUGCUGAAAGACGACAUCGAGAAGAAGCAGGAGAUCCUGAACUACACUGCGUCUCUAUCCCCCGAGGCACAGGUGGAAUACAGCGUCCAGCAGGAGAUCACACGGCUUACCAACGACAACUUGGACCUGAAGGAGCUGGUGGAGAAACUGGAGAAGAACGAGAGGAAGCUGAAAAAGCAGCUCAGGAUCUACAUGAAGAAAGUCCAGGAGUUAGAAGCGUCUCAGGCUGCAGUUCAAAGCAGCAGGUCUAGACCUGAACUGAGCCGCCAGGUCACGGUCCAGAGGAAAGAGAAGGACUUUGAAGGGAUGCUGGAGUACUACAAGGAGGACGAGGCCCUGCUGCUCAAAACCCUCAUCACAGACAUCCAGCCCAGCACCGUGUCGGCCACAGUUCCCUGUCUGCCUGCUUACAUUCUCUUCAUGUGCAUCCGUCACGCCGACUACAUCAACGACGACCAGAAGGUGGAGUCUCUGCUCACCUCCACCAUCAACGCCAUCAAGAAGGUGCUCAAGAAGAACAACGAUGACUUUGAGAUGACGUCCUUCUGGCUCGCCAACAGCAGCAGGCUGCUGCACUGUCUGAAGCAGUACAGCGGCGACGAGGCUUUCAUGACGCAGAACACGAGCAAACAGAACGAACACUGUCUGAAGAACUUCGACCUGGCCGAGUACCGGCAGGUUCUCAGCGACCUCUCCAUCCAAAUCUACCAGCAGCUCGUCAAGGUGGCAGAAGGCAUCAUACAGCCCAUGAUCGUGUCAGCCAUGCUGGAGAGCGAGAGCAUCCCGAGCCUGGCAGGCGUGAAGCCGAUGGGCUACAGGAACCGUUCGUCCAGCAUGGACAUGGACGCCGGCGGGCACAGCAGCUACACGCUGCAGGCUCUGAUCCGCCAGCUGGGACAAUUCAGCAGCGUGAUGCGCGACCACGGCCUGGACCCCGAGAUUGUGGGUCAGGUGGUCCGCCAGCUGUUCCACUGCAUCAACGCCAUCACACUCAACAACCUGCUGCUGCGCAAAGAUGUCUGCUCCUGGAGCACCGGCAUGCAGCUACGGUAUAACACCAGUCAGUUGGAGGAGUGGCUCCGUGGUAACAACCUAUAUCAGAGUCGAGCUGCAGCCACUCUGGAGCCGGUCAUCCAGGCGGCUCAGCUGCUGCAGGUGAAGAAGAAGACGACGCAGGAUGCCGAGGCCAUCUGCUCGCUGUGCACGGCGCUCACCACGCAGCAGAUCGUGAAGAUCCUGAACCUGUACACUCCGCUGAACGAGUUCGAAGAAAGAGUCACGGUGUCAUUCAUCAGAAACAUCCAGAAUCGUCCCCUGCAGAGGAACGACCCUCCUCAGCUCCUGAUGGACACCAAGUACACAUUCCCGGUCCUCUUCCCGUACACGCCGUCGGCCCUCAGCCUGGAGACGCUGCACAUCCCCGCCUCGCUUGGCCUCGACUUCCUUGUCAGAGUCUGACGUCUAUAAAUGUCCCUUUAAAUCCAUGACGGACUCUCACUGAUGUCCUCCUGGGCCUCAGACGUGUUUACUCUCUUCUGCCUUCAGGUGCCUCAGAGAGAUUCUUCUUCUUCUCAGCAGUUUCAUCAUUAAAAUCCAUAUCGUCACUUGAUCUUUUGUCCACAAACAAUCAAUAAUCAGUAUGGUUUAAACAUUACAGCUUCAUAGAAAUAAAUUCUGUUGUUUAGCAUCAGGUCAAAGUCAUGUUCCAGUUUGUUCUCGUCCACAGACGUGAUGCGUAUAUGACCUUUGACCUCCACAACCUGAUCAGGUCAUCCUUGAGUCCAAGUACAUAUUUGUGCCAAAUUGGAAGAAAUUUACUUAAGAAGUUCCUCAGAUAUCAUGUUCAUGGCUUUUGACCUUCAAAAUCGAAUCAGUUCAUCCUUGAGUCCAAGUGGACGUUUCUGACAGACUUAAGGUGUUGCCGAGAUUUCACGUUAAAAAGAAUUACACGUGAAGCCACAGUGAUCUUGAACUUUGACCUCUACAAUCUGAUCAGUUCAUCUUUGAGUCCAAUUGGAAGUUUGUGACCUCCACAGCAGCACCUUGAAGAAAUUCUCUUGAAGGUGUUGCUGUGAUAUCGCCUUCAAAAGAACAGGACAAACAUGACGUCAGAGUACAAUGACCUUUGACCUGCACAAUCUGAUCAGUUCAUCUUUGAGUUUGUGUAUAUUUUUUGUGCCAAAUUGGAAGAAAUUUUGUCUGACAGACUUAAAGAAAUUCCCCAGAGGUGUUGCUGAGAUAUCACGUUAAAAAGAAUUAGACACAUGUGACGUCACAGUGAUCUUGACUUUUGACCUCCACAACCUCAUCACUUCAUCCUUGAGUCCAAGCAGACGUUUGUGGCGUCCACAGCAGCACCUUGAGGAAAUUUCCUUCAAGGUGUUGAUGGGAUAUCGCCUUCAAAAAAACAGGACAAACGUGACGCCACAGAAUGAUGACCUUUGACCUCCACUAUCUGAUCAGUUCAUCCUUGAGUCCAAGUAGACGUUCUGACAGACUUAAAUAAAUUCCCCUGAGGUGUUGCUGGGAUAUCUCAUUAAAAAGAAUUAGACACAUGUGACGUCACAGUGAUCUUGACUUUUGACAUCCACAACCUCAUCAGUUCAUCCUUGAGUCAAAGUGGACGUUUGUGCCAAAUUGGAAGAAAUUUCCUUCAGAAGUUCCUGAGAUAUCAUGUUUAUGGCUUUUGACCUUCAAAGUUUGAUCAGUUCAUCUCUGAGUCCAAGUAGAUAUUUGUGCCAAUUCUUUAGAAACUUCCUGAGCUGAACGAGACGGAUGAUGAACCUCGGACGGCUGAGGAACAAAAAGUUCCACUAAACGAAUUCCUGCUGUGCGGACACCAUAAGAACAAAGUUUACUGUGACGCCUCAUUCAGCCUGAUUCUAACUUUUAACUUCAGUGAAGAGCUGCAAAUAAAUCUGUAGAAUAGUUUAUUAAUCUGGUUUCACAUUAAUAAACGUUUUGGUUGUUGUUUGUUUGUGGACAUUUCUUCAUGUUUGGAUGUAAAGGAGUUGAAGUGAUCUGAUCUCACCGAGUGCUUUGACUUUCUCACUCUGUUUCCUUUUUAAAUUUCUGUGUGAAAUAAUUUUACUACGAUGUUUGUCUUUUUUUUUUCUUGUGUGAUUUGUACAAUUUUGUUAUGACAAUAAUUAAUAACUGAACACUCAGGGGGAAAGACUUUAUACACUCAAACAUCCAGACCUGCAUGGCAUCAUGGGACGGAAACUCACCGUUUCACCUUGUAGACAACACUUAAUAUUAACACACUAAUUAUUAAUACACUAAUUAUUUACACAAUAAUUAUUAACACACUAAUUAUUUACACACUAUCUUUAGAGAACAAACUGAUUCUUUUUGGCAGAAAAGCAUCUUUUUUAUGAAGUGAAGCUGUAAUAAUGAUGAAGAACUUUUGUCUUUUGUGUUAAAAUGUAAUACAUGCAUUCAUACGAAUAACUAAUAAUUCAUAUUUUCUUGAAAUCAUAUUAACAGUUUUGUGUCACCUUGCAGUGAAGUUCUUCAGUUUGAAUGUUUGUUUCACUUCCUGUACGUCAGAGAAUAUAUUUUGAAAAUGACUCGCAUAUACAAAUGUUUGAUAAGUCAUGGCUAUGAAUGAUAAAUAAAAAAACUUUGUUUUUUCAA